AGCCAGGCCCAUAAGCUUGCGCCAGUUGACUUUCUUCGGAAGAACUCUCACCGAGUCUCGUCUGCUCGACUCGGCCAACUACUGCAGAUUGGAGCUUCCCACCAGGUCGUACCGCUCGCCCAUCGUCUUCGCGAUAUCCAAACCCUGCCCUACGUUGUCGUCGCCAAUCCCCAUCUUGCCCAUGUCUACGAAUCAUACUUGCGCGCCUUUGAGCGCUUUCGUCGCAUACCCGAAAUACGCUCGCUGCAAGACAAUGACAAGUAUUGCAAGGUUCUUGAGGAGACGCUGACCGAGCACGCGACCGUCAUACCCCGCCUUGCAACAGGUGUCUUGGAGGUGCGAGGCCUCAUCAAGCCAGAGGAAACCGACAAGUUCAUGACCACCAUGCUGCGCUCCCGUAUAUCUCGAAGAGUCAUCGCAGAACAACACCUUGCUCUCACUGAAACCUUCAACUCGCCCUGGCACUUCCCCCAGGCCAAGCACCCUCCACAUGAUCAAGAAGCCGUUGGCGAGAUCUUUCUGCGAUGCAACGCCAAGGAAAUUGUCGAAGACUGCGGAAAGACUAUGCGGGAGCUGAUAAGACGCACCUAUGGUCCCCAUGUUGCAAUUCCCGAAAUUAAAGUCUACGGUCAUGUGGACGCGACGUUUCCAUACAUCUUGAGCCAUCUCGAGUACAUCAUCGGUGAAUUGCUGCGCAACUCAAUCCAGGCCGUCAUUGAACAGCCCAAAUCCAAAGGCACCAAGCUGCCACCCAUUGAAGUUUUGAUAUGCGAGACUUCGCAGCACGUCAUCAUCCGCAUUUCUGACCAAGGUGGUAGCAUCCCGAAUGAGGUCCUGCCUUAUUUGUGGAGCUUCAGCAAAGGGCCGCGACGCGAGAGGCGAAUGGAGAAUCUGGCGAGGGUACCAAAGCUCCUCGGUACGCUGCAGGAAUUGCAAGUGCCUGGCGCUGAGUCUGCUGCAGAGAUACAGCAAAAGCAAGACACGCGAUCAAAAUAUGGCGACUCGGGCCACCACAUCGGCUCUUUAUCUUCGCUUACCAGUCGUGCACCAGAUCUCCGUCUCGGCAUCGGGCUUCCAAUGUCGCGGCUGUAUGCAGAAUAUUGGGCUGGAAGUCUAGAAGUACAUAGUCUCGAAGGCUAUGGAGUUGAUGCCUUUCUCCAGAUAUCCAAACUGGGCAACAAGAACGAGCGCCUCACCACGCGCGCUUCCAUGGACGCCAUAUAG